AUGGUGGUGCACGACCGUGAGUUCUACGAGACCCAAGUGGAUGCAGAAGAGCAGCUCACCAUCGCUUUGCUCAAUGUGGCCCUUGCCGAUGAGGGUAGCGAGCAGCCCAACAACCAGCAGCUGCAGCAAGCACAGCAGCGAGGGGUGCAAGCGGCCGACGCAUCCGUGAACGGUGGUGCUCGCCAGCCUCACAGCCGGUCCCGGUAUCGCCACCGUGCACGUGGAGAUGGUGGCAGCAGCGAUACAGCACCGCGUGUUGGCUCGCGGUUUGGUCGUUUCCGUGUCCCAUCCCCUGCAUCCGCCCGCCAUACCCCUGGCCGUCGUCGUGGCCAGCGCGACCGCAACGACCGCAACCUUCAUCGGAUUGCACGCCGACUGGCAGCACAGCAGAGCCGUGCACAGCAGCGUGGUCGGGGUGGUGGUGACGUUGGCAACGAUGACGGGGACGAGUUUGGUGAGGAGGUCGAUCCAUAUGCGUUUAUGACGGGACCAAGGCCCGAGCACAAGCCAACCGCCUUCACGCAGCUGCUCGGCUCAUCGGAAGACCUCAAGCAAUGGGACGCAUUCAAUUCACUGCCGAGCCAGACACAGAGCAAAGUGCUCACGAACCCACGCAGCCGGCGUCGCACCAACAAGUCGUGUGUGCCGGCCGUGCACCGCCACAACGAGCAGCGAUAUCUGAAAGUCGACCGACGCAUCCGCCUCGCCAUCAAGAACAACAGGCAGCCAUCAGCUGCUGUUGCUGAGCUGGAGGAGUUUGUGCUUGCGGUGGUGCGGCAGCCCGCGUGCGUGCCGCUGCCACAACACGUGUCCCUGUAUGCCGAGCGUGGUGGCGACACAGCCUUCAUCUUGGGUGCUGAUGCGUACCAACGCAUGAUUCUGCAUGGCGUGUGCCAGUUCCAUGGCCUUACAUCGCGCACAACACCGCGGGGCCGCCAGCGAGGCGUGCGUGUGUCCAUACCACAACUACAUCAGCAGAAGCAAGUGUCAUCGUUGUCGCUCACAGCGUACGUUCGAUACCUACAUGGUGAAGAAGACAGUAACAGCCACUCACCUCCUGCCGCCACCACGAUGAAGACAACCGACACGAUGGACUCGCACCAGCCCGUGCACGCGCUGCGGGAACACAUGCAACAGCUCACAGUGUGACACGGCAUUGGUGGUGUGUAACACGGUCGUGUGUCGAGUGGCAUCACAUACAUGUGUGUGUGUGUGUGUGUGCGGUGUCACUUGUCUUCCACGCUGUUGCCACGACACACACGCUAAUCAAUCAAACAGCCAGCCUUGCGUGUCCCGUGCCAUUCAAUUCCACACGUGUGUAGUGCCCAUGUGUUGAUGUUGUUGUUGUUGUUGUGCAGCCUAGUAGAGCAGUGAUUGAGGUGUGCCGUCUGCUCGUCUCAUGUCAUUAGUGUCGGUUCAUUUGGAUACAAACACCAAAGGUGGAAGAUUGGAAGAAGAAA